AUGAGUACUGAGGAGAAGCCUCUUAAUCGUGGUUCUGCCCCUUCUUCAAAUCAGGCCGAAGAAGGAUCCUCCUCUGCUAUAACAGAAGAGACUUCUGCAAGCGUUCAACAAUGGAGACGUAACAAUCUCUCCUUACAGAUACCUUCUAGAGCAACCAAUCUCUCUCCUGAAGAUUCUGUUGUAAUCAAAAUGCCUCCAACGCCUAGUCCAACUCCAAGAAGAGUGAACUUUUCUUUGACUUCAGCUUCUCCAGGUCCUGGUCCUGGUCCUACUUCCUCAUCUUCUGCCGGUCCUCAGCGGACUAAAUCUUCCUUGAAGAAUCUAAUCCCAAAAGUUGGCUUCAAACCAAAAGCCUCUAACACAGAUGUGGAGAAGGGACAAGGGGAUGUGUCUUGUCCUUCUGCAUUGCAGGAGAAGGCUUCCAUAUCGAGGUCACUAUCACUGUCAAAGCUAUUUACGCCUAGGAUCAAGAGAACUUCAUCUCUACCUGUGACCCCCAUUGUUCUUUCAAACUCAGAGUCAGCUCAUGGAGGAAGCAGCGUUACUCCACAAAAUCCAAGCAGCAAAGAAAGGGUGCAUAUAGCUCGCUCUCGCUCUGUGCCUGUUAAUGACAAGGAAGCAAGCCUAAAGGGAAUGGAUUCAUUCUUUAGAGUGAUUCCUUCAACUCCUCGUGUAAAGGAAGGAGACGUUUUCUUAAAUGCGUCAGAGUCUGUUAAUACUGAAACAUGUGAAGCUGAUGGAGAAGACAUACCUGAGGAUGAAGCAGUUUGCAGGAUUUGUUUAGUGGAUCUCUGUGAAGGAGGAGAAACCUUAAAAAUGGAGUGUAGUUGCAAAGGAGAGCUUGCUCUUGCUCACAAAGACUGUGCUCUUAAAUGGUUCACCAUAAAGGGUAACAAGACCUGUGAGGUGUGUAAACAAGAAGUUAAGAACUUACCUGUAACACUCUUACGGAUCCAAAGCAUUAGAAACUCUGGAGUUCCUCAGAUUGAUGUCACUGGCUACAGGGUUUGGCAGGAGGUGCCGAUUCUAGUAAUCAUUAGCAUGCUUGCUUACUUUUGUUUCCUGGAGCAGCUCCUGGUUGAGAAAAUGGGUACGGGUGCAAUAGCUAUAUCACUGCCGUUUUCUUGUAUUCUUGGCCUUCUUGCAUCAAUGACUGCAUCAACCAUGGUAAUGAGAAGAUUUGUUUGGAUUUACGCAUCUGUACAGUUUGCUUUGGUUGUUCUCUUCGCCCAUGUAUUUUAUUCCGUGGUGGAGUUGCAACCGGUUCUGUCAGUGCUUCUGUCAACAUUUGCUGGAUUUGGUGUGUGCAUAUGCGGAAGUUCAGUGAUGGUUGAGUUUGUUAGAUGGAGAAGAAGAUGGCUAGCCAGAAGGCUGGAGCAGCAGCUGAACAAUGCUCAGACGCUGCCCCAAACGAUGGAUGCAACAACCUCUCAGCAUCAUCCAAAUGCCUUGUAGAGGCAGGAAGUGGAAAAAUGAUUUUACAUUUAUACAGUAGUUUGUUAAAGUUAUGUGAUAAAAGAAUGCUUAAAAAAGAUUGUUCAUUUGUUUGUCUUUGCUUUCUUUACUAUACACACCGUUUGUAUUGUUUGUAAGUUUGUAACUUUGACUACUCAAUCUCUGCAAAUUAAAUGUUUGUAGUAGUAUUGCUUUGUAAAGUUCUCAUGUACAAUAAAAU